UUAUAAUUUAAUAAUUAUGUUCAAAAGUGAUAAACUUCAACACCAAUCUUCUAAAAAAUCAAAAGAAAAAUUUCUCAAAGACCACCAUCAACAACAUGGUGGGGCUUUUGUUAUUAAAAGACCCGCACAUUUACGUUCUGCUGCUAUUGAUAGCCCAGCAACUUCAUCACAAAAUGAUUCUCAAAUACUUAGUUCUCAUGUUCUUUUAGCAGUAUUCCCUUCAUUAGAAGAAUUUACACACGAAAGAGAAGUUCUUCGAGGAGUCUUAACAGAUUUACAACAAUAUUUUUGUGAUUUAGAUAUAGAAUUAGAAUGUUGUACUUUAUUUGAGAAAGGGGAUAUAUUGAAAUGUAUGGAUGAUUAUUUACUUUUGGCUGAUACUUUAUCUGGACCGAAUAGUACAGCUUUAGUUUUUGUUGGUGAUAGAUAUGGAGAGGAAUUACUUCCUAUUGAGAUAUCUUCAUUUGAAUUUAAUGCAUUAAAAGAGGCAGCUUUAGAAUUAGCAGAUGAUGCUGGAUUGCUUUUAGAACAAUUUUAUCAUUUAGACAGAACUAGAGAGCCUCAAAUUUAUCAAUUAAUUGCUAAUAGAGAUCCUGUUGGAGCUAGGAAAUUAUGUAAUGGAAUUAAAAGAUGUGCUGCUAGGGCUUUUGAAGAUGGAGCGUUUGGCCAUCUAAAUAUAACAGAAAAGGAUCAAAAAAGCAAUACACACUUUACAAAAUCUUUCAUUGAACUUUGCGCAAACGCUGCCAAGGCAAAUGCUCAUUCUUUGAUUAUCUCUAGGCGUUUUGAAAAUAUACCAGCAACCUCAAGCGGUAUGGAAAGGUUAAUGGACCCUUCUGGAUCAGAAGCAGCUAAAAGACUAAAUUUUUAUAAGAACAAAAUAAGUUCUGCUAGCAACAAGACAGCAGAACAACAAUACUUAUCUUUUUUAUUAGACCUAAAAGGUUUAAAUUUAAAUUCCUGGAGUCGAACACGUGAAGGAAUUAAUUAUUUUAAAGAAUUAUCUUCUAAAUUAAUUGAAAAAAUUAAAACAAUAAUUUUAAAAAUAUAUCCAGAAUAUUUAAUUAAUGAGCAACAACAACGUUUACUUCCACCAACACCUAAACUUUCUGUUUUAGAACAACAAUUAAAAAUUGCUAGGGCAGAAGAAACAAUUCACAAUGCCCAUCUUCUCUCUCGAACUCCAAAAUAUUGGAUACCAAGAAAACGUUUAGAUACCCAAAUAGACUCUAUAAUAACCAAAAUCUCGCAACUUUUAAAAGAACAAAAUUCAAAUAAUUCAACUUUUUAUAUUCAAUUUUAUGGAUUGCCUGGAAGUGGAAAAACAGCAACUUUGUGUAGAUUAAGACAGUUAUUAGAAAAUAAAUUUGGGAAAAAAGAUGGGGAUGGUGGAAAUGAAAGUUCUGUGACCAAUUUUGUUUUUAUUACACGUUUUAUUCAUUUAACGGAUGGAGCUGUAUUUGCAAAUGAAAUGCUUAGGAAUAUUUUUCUUUCUGUGUGUGACAAAUUAAAAAGGCCAGAUUUAGCAACAGCAUUUAUCAAAGCCUUUCAUAUCAAAGCAAUUUUGGCAACCGCUAAAACAGCCUUUGGAACACAGCAAUCCCCAAUUAUUUUUAUUCUCUUAGAUGAUGUUAAUUUAAUUAAAUUUGGAAGAACUUUGGGAAGAAUUAAACAUAUUUUAAAGAAAUUAUUACCAAAUAUUUGCUUUAUUUGUACUUCCUCUUUGAAUAUUUCUAUACCUAUUUUUGCUCCUCAUACUAUGGAAUUAUUAGAAUUGGCAUCGCCCACAUUGGAUGAGGUAAUUAAACAACCUCUGUCCCCUUCUUUCUAA